GGGAUACCAGAUACAGUGAAUGCAGGGCCCAGGGAAAGUGGAUAUAGUGAAUGCGGGGUCCAGGGAGAGCGGACGGAGUGAAUGCGGGGUCCGGGGAGAGCGGAUAUAGUGAAUGCAGGGCCCAGGGAAAAUGGAUAUAGUGAAUGCGGGGUCCAGGGAGAGCGGAUAUAGUGAAUGCGGGGUCCGGGGAGAGCAGGAUAUAGUGAAUGCAGGGUCCGGGGAGAGCGGAUAUAGCGAAUGCAGGGUCCGGGGAGAGCGGAUAUAGUGAAUGCGGGGUCCGGG